AUGGUGCCAUUGGAAGAUCUGCUUAAUAAAGAAAAUGGCACUGCCGCACCUCAACACAGCCGGGAGAGUAUAGUAGAAAAUGGGACAGACGUUUCUAACGUCACAAAGAAGGACGGGCUGCCCAGUCCUAACCUAUCUAAAAGGUCUUCUGAUUGUUCGAAGAGGCCUAGAAUUAGGUGUACCACGGAAGCUAUUGGCUUGAACGGUCAAGAAGAUGAACGGAUGUCACCAGGCAGCACUUCUUCAUCAUGCUUACCAUAUCAUAGUACUUCACACUUGAACACUCCUCCAUACGAUCUAUUGGGCGCUUCGGCAGUUUCACCCACCACAUCAUCUUCCUCUGACUCGUCCUCCUCCUCGCCAUUGGCACAAGCGCAUAACCCGGCAGGUGAUGACGACGAUGCGGAUAAUGACGGUGAUUCUGAGGAUAUAACACUAUAUUGUAAAUGGGACAACUGUGGUAUGAUUUUCAACCAACCAGAGCUGCUAUAUAAUCAUCUGUGUCAUGACCAUGUUGGCAGGAAGUCACAUAAGAACCUACAAUUGAAUUGUCAUUGGGGAGACUGUACCACGAAGACGGAGAAAAGGGACCAUAUCACCUCGCAUUUGAGAGUUCACGUACCAUUGAAACCGUUCGGUUGCUCUACGUGCUCCAAAAAGUUUAAACGUCCGCAAGAUUUAAAAAAGCAUUUGAAAAUUCAUCUGGAAAGUGGCGGUAUUUUGAAAAGAAAGAGGGGACCCAAAUGGGGCUCAAAAAGAACUUCUAAGAAAAACAAAAGUUGUGCAAGCGACGCAGUGUCGUCUUGUUCUGCAUCUGUGCCUUCCGCUAUAGCUGGUAGCUUUAAGUCACAUUCUACUUCUCCACAGAUAUUACCCCCAUUGCCCGUGGGUAUAUCUCAACAUCUGCCUUCACAACAGCAGCAGCGGGCUAUUUCCUUAAACCAACUAUGCUCAGACGAGCUAUCUCAGUAUAAGCCGGUAUAUUCUCCACAAUUGAGUGCCAGAUUGCAAACGAUCUUGCCGCCAUUAUACUACAAUAACGGCAGCACGGUAAGCCAAGGUGCCAACAGUCGGAGCAUGAAUGUCUACGAGGACGGUUGUUCUAAUAAGACCAUAGCAAACGCCACCCAAUUCUUCACCAAACUAUCGAGAAAUAUGACAAAUAACUACAUUUUGCAACAAAGCGGUGGUAGUACUGAGUCCUCGUCAUCAUCUGGGCGCAUCCCCGUAGCACAAACAAGCUAUGUGCAGCCACCUAAUGCUCCUUCAUACCAAUCCGUACAAGGUGGUAGCUCUAUUUCGGCCACUGCAAAUACAGCAACUUAUGUGCCAGUACGGUUGGCCAAGUAUCCAACUGGUCCUUCGCUUACUGAACAUUUGCCACCUUUACAUUCGAACACUGCCGGUGGUGUUUUCAACCGCCAAUCACAGUAUGCUAUGCCACACUAUCCAUCUGUUCGUGCUGCGCCUAGCUAUUCCUCCAGUGGCUGUUCUAUAUUACCGCCUCUACAAUCAAAGAUACCAAUGUUACCAUCGCGCCGUACAAUGGCAGGUGGAACUUCAUUGAAGCCUAACUGGGAAUUUAGCCUGAACCAAAAAAGCUGUACUAAUGAUAUUAUCAUGAGUAAGCUGGCGAUUGAAGAAGUAGAUGACGAAAGCGAGAUAGAGGAUGAUUUCGUAGAGAUGUUGGGUAUAGUGAACAUUAUCAAGGACUACUUGUUGUGCUGUGUCAUGGAAGAUUUAGAUGAUGAAGAAAGUGAGGACAAAGAUGAAGAAAACGCAUUCUUGCAAGAAUCUUUAGAAAAAUUGAGUUUACAAAACCAAAUGGGAACUAACUCAGUUCGCAUCUUGACCAAGUAUCCCAAAAUUUUGGUAUGA